AUGACGUUACCAAAGAAAGUUCUGGAAAUAGCCUGUUUUAACUAUGAAUCAGCCGUGGCUGCUGCAGAAGGAGGGGCAGAUCGCAUCGAGCUAUGCAAAGAUUACACGUCUGGGGGUCUGUCGCCAGACACUACAACCCUUGAGCAACUAAAGUCGCAAAUAACCAUCCCAGUUUAUGCGAUGAUUCGCCCACAGGCCCAAAAUUUCUUUUAUGAAGAAUCUGAAUUUGAGACAAUGAAAAUGACACUGAAUAGUCUAAAGCACCAUGGAGCUGAUGGGUUUGUCUUCGGUAUCCUGAACCAAUUCCCUCACAAAGCGUGGAAUGGAAGAGAGCAUUGGAUCGAUGUGCCCAGGAAUAAAGCGCUUGUGCGAUUAGCCGAAGGUCGUCCUUGCACAUUUCAUCGCGCGUUUGAUCUGAUCCCUGAAUACUACUGGGAUAUCGCUUUGACAGACAUCAUUGAAUGUGGCUUUACGUCAAUCCUGACAAACGGGGGCCCAUCGGGGAUCAAAGCGGCUGAGUGCGCUGACAAGUUGGCAAAGUUAGUGGCGUGGGAACAUCCAAAGGAAGAAAACGGCGAUCAACAGCACAAUUGUGUCGCAGAAAUCAUUGUAGGUGGUGGAGUGAGAUCAUCAAACAUUGACAUGCUUCUUCGAGUAACGGGUGCUUCUGCAUUUCACUCUGCCGCUCUCCUUCACUCGAACGAAAUGGUCUCGAAGAAUGAGGUGGACAAGAUGAAAGUCACAAUAGGCCUGUUCAAAAGCUCAUACAAGGAAUAA